GACUUGAAUUGCACAACAUAAAGGCAGCAUAAAAUAUUUGCUCUCUGAUUCCACAUAAAGAACUUCAGCUUUCUCUGGAAACUUAGAACUCUUUGGAAGCCAAACACUCCACAAUGAGCAGACAGAGGAGUUUCUCCUUGGCUCACCUCUUUCCUGAAGCUCAGAAUCUUUCAAUGUCUUAUGGCAUUGUGAUUCAAAAGAGCUUUCUGGCUUUCCUUGUUGCAAUGGGCAUCAUCGUGACCCUGGGUGACGCAUACUGCUGGAGGAAAAUUCACAAGCCAGGGGAGGUGAACAAAGAAGGCUGUAUGAUAAAUGGAAAACUGUAUCCCUUUGGACACAUUGAGAGGACAGAAGAUUGCUACAAAUGCGACUGCAGCGAAGGUGGAGUGGAAUGCUGUUCCCUCUUUCACACUCCUGUUGCUUUCGACAAAAAGAAAUGUAAAGUUGUGUUCAACAACAAGCGCUGUGACUAUGAUGUGGUGCAGAAGGACGACCCCUCAAAGGAGUGUUUUGUCUAUUCUCGUGUGGGCUAACACCUGCUCCAAACCUCUCUGCACUGUGGAAUUCCUCUCCUUCCUUUAGAUGCUUUGCCAUCACAGAGAAGCAUGAUGACACAGGAAAAUCUCAUAAAAGAGAGCAUUUCACUAGCUCAUUUUGAACCUCCUAAUUGUGUUAAUUCAGCACACAAGAUGCAUAAUCAGAUAGAGUGUCUCGUUUCUAUCAAAAGGUCAUAUUCAUGUUCUUAAUUUUAGUUGUUAAGACUUUGUGUUUUAAGUGAUUUACAGAUGUUUAGUUAACUUUUAAAUUAAGUAGGAUUUUAUUCUACUAGUUUCCUUUGUUCAACCUGUAUUUUUUUUUUUUUUUAAUUAGAGCUUUAUAACCUGUAAGGUCCCAAGAGUUUCUGUAGAAUCUGGGUGCCAGUUUUCCUACAGAUGAAGAUGACUUUGUUAGUGGAAGAAGAUUUUUGAUUUGCUGGCAGCACCAGUAAAAGUGUGAAUGAAUGACCAAAGAAAUCUAACACAGGCUUUGAAUCUCUUGAGAAUAUAUUCUUUAUGGUUCUGGGACUGGGAAGAACCAGCAUAUUUGUGUGAUUAGCACAUUCUUCCAGAAGUUAUCUGUGGGUGGGAAAACCCAUCUUCCACUGCAAGGGCACCUCCUCCACCACUUGUACUUGAAGCAGAAUCUGAACAGCUCAGCACAAACAAGAGCUGACACUGGAGAAGAAAGAAAAUGAAUUCUGAUGGGUUUACCAGGCCAAGGAAAUGUAGAGCCUUGUCUCACAGGCUCCAGAGAAUAGACUGUGUUCACUGAGACCCAGAAAUUGCAUAUAAAUGUUUUCAAAAAGACAUUUUUUAGUCUCAGUGUGCAAUGGUAUUGGUUUUUCUAUUAUCAGAGUAGCUGCCAAUACUGAAACUUCCUUUUUUUUCUUUCCCCUCUAAAUAAAAGUAAUUUAGCGAUGAAGCUCAGGAGUCUUUAAUCUCCCUUGCUCAGAGUGGGGAAAUGGUCAAGAACAUUGCCACUGGUAAUUUUUACUUGUUUUGGAUUUUUUAUUCAUGAGAUUAUCCAUCUGCAGGAAAGCAAGCUAAUACAUCACUCAUCCUCCGUUAUGAUUUUUUUUAUUAUUAUUAUUAUUGUACCACCAAAAAUUAAUGAAAUGUGUAGGGCAGGAAGGGAGAGGUACUAGUUCUGUUUUCCAUUCAUCACAGCAAUGAGAUUAAAGAAAAACUUAUUCAAUUUUGAUAACUUCCUCAGAAAUCCCAUCAGAACUUCCUCUCCAAAUGAUGAAUAUUUUUGUGUUGGUAAAACACUGGAGAAUAAGUUUUUCCCAUUUUUAUAUCCACAGGUUAUACCAUACAAAAGCUCCUUAAAAACAUCCCAUUAUUGUCAGAGUAAGUCCAAAUUUCAGAUUCUAAAGAUUUUAUAACACUCAAAUUCAAUCUGUUGAUACCUAUACGAUCGGAGAAUCAUGACAAUACCACACAUAUAUUUAAUCUGCAGCAUAUUUCACAUUUUAAGGAUUUCAAAAAUAAAAUGCUAGCUGUAAUUUUGUGAAAAAAAUUUCAUUAAAUUUGUUGCAUUUUCUACCCUU